UACACAUGCAUGAUUGUUGUGUCAGAGAGAGGAGAGGCACGUCCCCCCACCCUCUCUUUCUUUUCUUCUCCUCCUUUUUUUUCCCUUUUUUCCCUCUAUAAAUUCACUUCCCCUCUCUUCCACUCCUUCCACACUCCACUCUUUGCUCUUUGCUCUUUGCUCUUUGCUCUUUGCUUCCUCCACACCACCACCCUCUCUACUCUCUACUCUCUUCUCCUCCCAAAAGGGUAAGUGAAGAGAAUUUGGAGAUUUGAUUAGUAGUGAUGGAAAGAUUGAACUCAAAGCUGUACCUGCAGAACUGUUACAUAAUGAAGGAGAAUGAGAGACUAAGGAAGAAGGCACAGCUUCUUAAUCAAGAGAAUCAGGCACUGUUGUCAGAGCUCAAACAGAAACUCUCCAAGGGGAAUCAGAAAGCCAAUGCUUCUAAUGCAAUUCUUGAUCUCAGUCUCAGCUCAAGUUCCAGUCAAAAACCUUCUAGUUCCAACAAUUAAUGUGCUUAGUGGUUGAUGCAACAACCAUCUUGACCCCUCUAGUGAAUGUAAUUGUUUUUUUCUUAUCUUUUUUGCGUAGUUGUAGUUUCUGUUCCAUAGGACAAUACUAGCAAGCAGGGCUCUAUUACUUCCAUUUCAAUGUUUAAUCAUAUUUUCUUUUUUUGGGGGGUUAGAUAUGAAUUUCUGAACUACAAGGUUGUAUGAUGAUGUAUCAGGUCCAUCUGCUAGAAAGGAAUAUAAACUUAUUAUAUG